AUGGAUAUCUCUGUAAAUAAGCUGAGUGGAGAGCUGCCUUCACUAUUAUCAAAGCUCCAAAUGCUAGAGUAUUUGAGCCUCUGUCAGAACGCAUUUGACGAGUAUCUUCACCAUGGUUACUCGGGGAUGAUAUUUCAUUGUGAUCUGAAGUCAUGUAAUGUACUUCUAGAUGAAAGCAUGUCUGUGUACAUUGGUGAUUCUGGCAUUGCAAAGUUUAUAGUUGGUGCAAGUCAUCGACUCUUACCACCACCCUUGAAACCAUGGGUUACAUUGCGCCAGUUUGCACAGGGAAAUCAUAAGCUGCGGCCGGUGCCUCAGAGGAACAAGCCCGAGGUCAGCAGGCCUAGGGUGAGUGGUCAUGGAUUAAGCACGCCUCUGGAAGUGGUGCCAAGCGAAUAG